AUGAAGCUCUCCUGCUCCCUCCUCGCAGCUCUCGCCAUCCUUGGCCAGACUGCUGUUGCUGCCGUUGCUAGUGUACCGAUUGCUGCCAGAGCAGAGGCUGCAGCUGAGGCUCAAGCUGAUUUGCCCUUAGCGAUUAUUCCUGUUAGCGGUAUCUGUUAUCGGGAUUCCGAUUGCUCCCCAGGCUGUGCGAGCAUGGGCUUCAGAGGACAAGCCAGAUGCCCCAGCCCUGGCAAAUCAAAGUAA